AUGGCCUCAGACUGGAUCUCGCUAAUGUACGACCAAAUGGUCCAGACGGUUUAUCUCACCUUGAUUCAUAACUACUUCGAUGUCGCGAGCUUCGCCGUUUUCAUGUGUGACUUUAGCCAUACCUUGGAGCGCGAGGUCUUGAUGGUUUGGCCGACAAGAAUAUGUGUUGGCAAGCUUUUGUACCUUGCGGUGCGAUAUACACCAUUCAUUGACCUCACGACCUUGAUGAUUAUCAACUUUUCUGUGCGACUCCCUCCCGCUGCAUGUGAGGCAGUUCUAGUCAUCAUGAACGUAUCGACAGUGAUUGGGAUCGCCGCGUCCGAAGGGAUACUCGUGAUGUCGCUUUAUGCCCUUCUGGGAGCCCGAAGGUCACACCUUAUCUUCCUAACCACGGUCACAUGCGCGUCCGUGAUGACUACCUUUGUCUUGAGUGGUUUUUACCUCCGAUCCGCCAAAGCCGGCCCCUCACCGUAUAGUGCCCUCCCUCGUUGCUGGUACAACUUCUUUCCGCUUGAGCACGCGUACUAUAUCAAGUAUUGCUACUAUCUUCUCUUGGCUGCCGAAAUCGUCUUCACUUUGAUCGCAAUUGCUUUCGGCCUCAAGAAGUACCUCCGAUUGAAGAGCCGGCUAAUGGGCAUCCUAUACCGCGAUGGAACCUUUUACUACAUCGCACUGACAGGCUGCGCCAUCCUCAAUAUUGCUGUGAAUCUAAUCACAGGGUACGGGCCCUUGAACAAUUUGCAAAGAGUCUUGCACUCCGUCCUCGCUUCUCGACUUUUCCUCAACACUCGCUCGACCCUCAGGCCGGACAUCAAGUCGUACAGUCGGAGCGGUUCAAGUUCCAUCUCGAACAUCAGAUUCGCGGAGAGGCAACCCAUGAAUACACGUUAG